AUGGGUGUCAAGCGAACCAACGAGGAUUCAUCUGCCGGUGCGAAGGAGCCAGACAAGAAGAAACGCAAGGGAUUCUCCGUGGGACCAGCCAAUCUGCCUGAUGGCACAUACAGGCGCAAAACGCAAAAGAUCAAAAACGACCUCAUCCAAAAGGCAAAAGUGAAAAGGGCUUACGCGAAAGUAAAGGCCCAAGAGGAGGCUGCACAAAGUACUACGCAGUCACAUUCUGAGAGUGACCCAAUUGAUAUCCCUCGGGCAGAUGCUGCUACAAGCCUUGAGCUACAUCCGGAGCGACAAGCAAUGCUCGAGAGACCGGAAGCGGACGACAGACAAACGCAUUUAGACAAUGGCGACACUCACAAGCAAAAUAAAAACUUCUACAACCAAUCGAGGAAGCGCCCUCCCAAGCAGUCACGUUACAAGAGAGAAAUCGAGCUUGCAGCUCAACACAGAGCAACACUUGAAGCAAAAAGGAAUGCCAAAGCGGCUCGUGAAAAAGAGCACAAAGCCAUGGCCAAGGCUAAAAGACCUGGUAAAGACGGAAAGAUCAAGCUCGGGCGCCAGGGAACCGCGUUGCUGAAUCGAGUUCGGAGAUUGACUGAGGAGGGCAAGAUAUGA